AGUGUGAACGAGGCAGUUUCUGUUUCCUGAUGUAAACAGCUCAGUCAUCUUGUGUGUUGUAGUCGUCUUAGUCUUUUGCUUUAUGUCACUGUGGAAGUGUGGCUGUGAGUGUGACUGUCAUUUAGUUUAGCUAGUAACUGUAGCUGUCUUCUUAAACUUUUAAAUUGGUGGUUAAACUAAAGCCAAAUCCGGCGGAACACUUCACUGUAGUCUUAACUCGCUUUAGUUAGGAGGUAAAUUAAAGUCGCUGUGAGUGAUGGAGGAUCAGACCUACAGUGUGAAGCUCUAUAUUUAUGACCUGUCAAAGGGACUUGCUCGCCAGCUGAGUCCUAUGCUGUUAGGAAAACAACUCGAAGGAGUUUGGCACACAUCAAUAGUAAUCCAUGGAGCGGAGUAUUUCUUUGGGGGACAGGGUAUAACAAACUGCCCACCGGGUGCUACACUGCUGGGACAGCCUGAUGCCAUAGUGGAUUUGGGAAACACAGAAGUUCCCAAGGACAUAUUUACAGAAUAUGUUUCAUCUCUGCGGGAGUCCACAUACAGACCAGAGACGUACCACCUUUUUGAACACAACUGUAACACUUUCAGUAGUGAGAUGGCCCAGUUUUUAACAGGAAGAAAAAUUCCGUCAUAUAUCACUGACCUGCCAUCUGAUGUGCUUUCCACGCCUUUUGGACAAACACUGCGUCCUCUGAUUGAAUCUGUCAGCAUUGUCCCACCUACAGACAACUCUUUCAGUGGACAAUAUGGACAGAGGUAGACUGUGUUUUAAAGAACAGUGCCAUGUUAAAGGAAUGGUUCAGGCACAAAUUAAGUUUAAUUCAGAAAUGAAGGUUUCACAGUGGUCAAUAUAACAGCCAAUGUAUACAGUAUAUGUAAAUAUAUAAAACAUACAGUAUAUAAUAAAAUCAAUAUAUGUUUUCUGGUGCUAUAGGCAAAUGAAGCUGACAAAUGAGGGAAGCUUAUAGCUGCCAGUGUAACUGAUGUCUAUAUCAUCACACAUUUGUCUCAAAAUACAUUUAAAAAACUAGUAGUUUCAUAAUCCAGCAGAUCAAGUCUGUCAAACAACACAUAAACAUGACCACAUGAGUUUUUAAGACUUGUUAAACACAGUGUCUAGAGAGGCUAUGUUACCUGACUAAUAAAUAGUUUGCUGCAAUGCAUCAAAAGCUACAUAUAGAUAAAGCUCCUAAGAUAAUCUAUAAAUGUUGCAUUCUGAGUUAAAACAAAGUAAAACACUCUCCUCAGGAUCUUGAUUUUUGCAGACAUUGAACCAUUAGCUUACAACUGGAACUAUAAACAAGCAGUGUGGAAACAUCUCUGACUGCAGUGAUCACUUUUCAUUGAAAUAUUAUAAGAAACUAUUAUUAUGUACGUUUGUUUUAUAAUGCCUAAACAUACUGUAAUGUCUAUAUAAAUAAUAGUUAUAUAAUACUUAAAUCUUCUGCUGUUUUAUAUGUUAAGGCUGGGGCUCAUUCUUGUCAAAUAAUGGAUUCUUUCUGGAUCCCAAAGUCUGCUUUUGUGUUGACUUGACGUUUAUUCAAUCUGCACUAACAUCUGAAAGUCACACAAGCUUGCGCAAAGAGAUACCAAAAUACAAGCUGAGGAAGUGAUUCCAGCUUUAUGGCUGCUAUUGCUGUUUUAAACUAUGCAGCAUACCUUUGUAAAUUUUACUGUACAGUAUGACACUUUACUGUACUGUAUGAUACUGUGUGUCAUACAAUGUCUGAAACCAAAAAGAAAGACUAUUUACUAUUACUUAAUAUUUUGAUUCGAGUUGAGUUGAGUGUGUGAUGAAUAACAUGCAGUUUGUAUGUUGCUGAAUUGGAGGCCCUAAGCUUCCCUUACUUCUUAGCAACAUUUGUCUGUUAUCUCCAGUUUAGGCGCCAAACAUAUGUUGGCUCAAGUACAAUUGGGGAAUUUAAAUUUUUCUCCCAUUUAUCACUUUAAUACAUUGGUUAAGAUAGAUUGAUAUUGAUCUCGAGGGAAAUUGCUGCGUUACAAUAAUAGUAAAGACAUUAACGAGAACUUGAUCUGUAAAAUGGUGUGAAACAAAAUUCUCAGUAACGAAGCUUCAGAAUAAUAUAUUGAGUAAUGUAGUGCAGAGUAAUAUAUUGCAGAAUAUUUUGGUCUUUCAGACACAGUUGUGCUGUUUUUAUUAACAAAAUAUUUGGCUCAUCAGUUACUGAAACAAAAAUAGAAAAGAACAAAAACACAUAUAGCUAAUAAAAUAUUUCAAGAAUUUCAUGAAGUGAAUAACAUAUUAAUUAAAAAAAAAAUCAAAAAGCCUUAAAUGUCUGUAGAAUGUUCUAUAUGCAAAAUGGGACUACAUUCAUACUGCUACCAAAUAUCAUAUAUUAUUUAUGAUCUUUUUUGUAAGUGGUAAAGCAUAGGAUGUGUUGUGUCAUAGAAGCACUACUUUCUUAAAUUUUCUCUUGGCAGCCUCCAUUCACUUCUCAUCCAUUUGUCUCCAUUGCUGUAUGGUAUGAGUUGAGUUGAUUUAUUGUACCAUUUCCACCUUCUUUUUUGUCAUUAUUUGUCAUGGAAUCAUUUCUACCUUUACAUUCUGUCAAAAUAAGAUUGCUUUAUUGAUGAACUCUCAGUUUUGUAACUUCGUUUAAAAAGUCUACAAGUAUUCUAUCAUUAGCACUGAAGUUUGGGUUAUAAGGUUGAGCUUCAGAUAAGUCAAACAGUUUAUAGGUUAAGCUAAUAGGGGUUUUUAAAUACCUGGGGGGAGCAACAAUCUACGUGAUGACAAUACAGAGAAUACAUGUUUUAACUUCAGAAUUCACCUCCAUGUUGAAGCCAGUUUAUCUAUGUGUAUACUUAAUCACAGUGAUUUAAUGACUAUUUAUUAUUGACCUGAAUUUAUUUUGGUUGACCUAAUAUUAACUGAUUUAUUGGUUACAUAGCUUGUCAAAUUGGUGUAAUAAUUUUGUACCUCAAAUACUAAAGCAUAACUGUGUAUUUUUAUCUUUAAUAAUUAAUGGGAAGCAAAAUGUUAUUCUGCUGUAGUGCAACUUUGUUUCUGUUUAACACAGGAAUCUUCCUUAAACAAAAGGUGAUUUUGAUGAGGCGUGAAAUACCUCUGUGAUGCUGUUUGUCUGUUUGAAAGACUUGGGUAAUUGUAGUGUAGCAAAGAAAGUGGCCACUAAGUGGCAGAAGUACUGCACAGUUUCGAGGUAAACCAAGCCAAGCAGGCAUCAACAUUUAUAUAUACAAUAUUUUUUAUUUAAUUUUCCACUAUAUUGAAUAUUGUUAUUAUAAUGUAAUUGUAUAAUAUUUGCCAUAACCUGCAAUAAACAUCCUUGCCCUUACUUGUUUCCUAUAAAAUAUUAUAAAAAUUGUCAUAAUGUACAGAUGGAUGACAAAGGAAAAAUCAGUGGCUCUGUCAUACUGUUUUGCUGUCACUUGUCCCCUUAGAAGGAGGGGUCACUGCAAAUAACCAAUUUUAUUCUGACUAAUCACCUUUAUCCUAUGUUGAUACAUUUUCAUCCUGAUGGGAGUAGUCACUUCCAGGAUGAGACAUGCUAAUCUACAGGGCACAAGGUCUCAGUGAAUAGUUUGAUGAGUUAUCGUGUAAAUGAUAUACUAUGGCCUUCACAGCCACAAGAUCUCAACCCAGUUGAACACCUAAUGGGAGACUGUGUUUAUCUCUCCAGUACAGUUCCAGAGGCUUGUAGAUUCCGUGCCAAGGUGUGCUGAAGCAGUUCUGGCAGCUCGUGGUGGCCCGACUCCUUACUAAGACGCUUUGUUAGUUUUUUUAUUUGUCAUCUUUUAAUUUUUAUGAAAACACAACUUAGUAAUUUUGUAAAUCAUUUACCCCUAUGUUAUAAAUUUUCUUUUUUGACGCUGAUCUUUAUAUAGAAAACCUUAUAUCUGAUUAUGAGGGCCGUGCCAGCAGUUACUUACAGGUUUUUCCUGUACUUACAGGUGCUUCCUGUUUUAAGCAGGUGAAAAGUUCUCUUACUUUCAUGACAUGACCUCUUAUAAGUUAUGUUAUCAGGAAAAACAUGCAAAGUAAAUACAGCUGGAAUCGGGAAUCAUGUAGAUACUCUACUGUGAAGGCAGUCCAGUCAUUUAUAUCUAAAAGUGCUAGUAGCAGUGAUUUUGUGUCUAAACAGUCAGAGAUUAAAAUUAAACUGUAGUUAUUCAGAAAAACAAAAAUAGAUCACUUUGAAACUGUGUUAUGUGAUUUACUUUGGGUAUAGUAUAGAGUAUAGUUUCUCAGAGGUCUUAGAUAUGUAAGAUAGUCAUCUGCAUUUUGUGCUAUAGAGUUGUGGGGAUGGAGUCUGUCAAAUAUGUGGAUAUUCUUAUAGUAAAGACCAUGUGGAUGAAGCAGCUGCUCAGUGAGGAGGAAAAUUAUGACUCCUGGACACAGAGGAAUUAAAUCAGGAGGCUGUGUACAGCUAACAUAAUUAACAGUAUUAUUUCUUCACUCAAAAAUGAGUGCAUACACAUAGUGAACAUAUACAAUAGGUUUCCGAAAGUAUUCAGACCCCUUCAGGUUUUUUUUGCGUACUUUAUUUUGUUAUAAAUGUAAUUUAAAAUAGUUUAAAUAUCCUUUUUUGGCAAUUAAUCUGCACAAAAUAAUCCAUAAUUACAAAGCAAAACAGUUUUUUAGAGGUUUUCCAAAUCUAUAAAAAAAAAUAAAUCAAAAAGAUCCUUGGCUAAAGCACUCCAGAUUGAGCUCAGGUACAUCCUGUUGGCACUGAUAGUCUUGAGAUGUCUCUAGAACUUCUAGACAGGUUUAGAUUUUUAAUAAAUUUGCAAAGAUUUCUAAAAACACCUUUUUGUCAUCAUGGAUUAUUUUGUAUAGAUUAAUGGCAAAAAAGUCUAUUCAAUCCAUUUUAAAUUAAAUCUAUAACACAAUAAAUUGUGCUGAAUCCAAAGGGGUCUGAAUACUUUUGGAACUCACUGUAUUAUAUAUAUUUUUGUGCAGAUUAAUGUGACUGUCUACAAAAAAUUAUAGGUUUAGUACAUUAGCUAUAGUUUUGAUUUAUAGUUGUGUUGCACUAAAAUAGAAAUUAUCAUCCUUUAUCAUUGUUAACAAUCAAAUCAGUGUAGUGACCUACACAACAUGUUGAAGUGUGAAAGAGGUGUUAUGUUUUUGGUGAAGAUAAGCCCAUAUGAUUUCUUCUUUAUUGUUACAGUAAAGAAGUUGUGGUGUGAAUGACUAUACUAUUUUGUCGUUCUUAUGAAACCAAAAAUAAUAUAAGUUACUAAGUCUGACACCACUGGUUUAAUACAUUAAUAGAUUAACCAUGUCAAAAAAGGGAGGAAAAUUCUAUUAAAUUGUCCUAAACGAUAACCACUGAUACCUAGCUCGGCAUAAAAAUCUCUUUACACAUACAGUAUAUGACAAAAAGGAUUAAAAGGGGAAAACAAACAUAGUGCUGCAUUGUCACAAAUUUUCCAGUUAAACAAUGAAUAAAAUUGGACCCUACCUUCUGGAGGAACUGUUUAAUCACUGGAGAAAUAUGUUUUUAUAGUUCAUAGGUACCAGAAGGAGACACUAAGAUAUGCUUCAUAUACUCACUACUGUUAUUAGUUCCAUUUAAAUCCUCUCCUCUUUGAGGAUUUAAUUUUCUGGUUUUCUGUUCCUCAGAAGUGAAGUUGAACUGUCAAGCCUUCCUUCCUCUGUUAGUCCACAUCUACAGGUCCUCAUCGGUAGUAGUUGGAACCUCUGUAAAAUCACCUUAGCUUAGCUACACUGUUUAGCAACUUCACAAUAAUACGAAAUAGCUUGUAGUCAUCUCUCAGCUUCCUCAUGAACACACACAAACACACACACAGACAGUUCACAUUUGUGGAAGUAAAGCAAUGCUAUGUAUUCCAUUCUCGUUAUUCUGAAUAUCCUAGUAACAUCAAAAUAAGAAAAGAAAAAGGAAGCGGUUCAUGUUAUGUUUUUUGUGCAAUCUAAGGAACAUUAACCAGAACAAAGAUGGUGAAAAUAAACACUGCCACUACAUACACUAUAUGGCCAAAAGUUUGUGGACAUCAGACCCAUAUGUGCUGUUUGAACAACCCAUUCCAGAUUUAUUCCCCCUUUGCUGUUAGAAUAACCUCCACUCUUCUGGGAAGGCUUUCCACUGGAUUUUGGAGCAUGACUGUUGGGAUUUGUGCUCAUUCAGCCACAAGAGCAUUAGUGAGGUCAGGCACUGAUGUUGGGUGAGGAGGCCUGGGGUUCAGUCCAUGUUCCAGUUCAUCUCAAAGGUGUUCAGUGGGGUUGAGGUCAGGGCUCUGUGCAGGCCACUCAAAUUCUUCCACACCGACCUUGGAAAACCAUGUCUUCAUGGACCUUGGUUUGUGCACAGGUGCAUUGUCAUGCUGGAAUAGGUUUGGGCUGUUUAGUUCCAGUGAAGGGAAAUUGUAAUUUGUAUGGCAAAAAGUUUUACAUUACUGUCUGACUAUUGUGUGAAGGGUAUGUGCACAAAUUAAAAAAAGCUCACAUGUGCUAUUAAUACUAAUGCAGUUUAUUACUGUACUCUUGACCUGCGAUACUCUCUAAACACCAUUUUGUAUAAUUUAUCAUAAUAUUGCCCACCCCUAGGUAAAAGUUUGAAGCAAUGUGGCAGGCCUUACUGUUUGAAAUGAUCAUACAGUAAUACCAGUGACAUUGAAACAGACCAACUCUCAGACUGGAGCUUAAACAAGCCCUUUCCCUGAGGACUUCUGUUUGUGGGACCAGUCAAUAUUAUGGGUCCUGUUCUGAUUGGAGAAUGAGUGAUAAAAAAAGAUGGAAAGUCAUGGGUUUUCUCAGUGGAUCAAUGCAUUUCCAGACCAACUCGCAAUAAUAAUAAAAUCAAUAUAGUGAACGUCCAGUCAUUUGCAUGUCUUUUCAGUCUGUAAAGGUCACGUUUGACAGAGAGGCCCCUCAGGUAUCAGACUGACUUUUCUGUUUGUGAUACUGCUAUAGGAAUACAUGCAGCUCACCAGAGUAUGGAGGAGUAUCAUCAAAGGAUGUUGCUCUGAGUAUUCACUUCCUUCCUUUCAUCUUAAAUUUGCUUCUUCCCUUCUGUACAGAUACAUCCCUUGCUGAAUAUGUGCAGUCACUUCCUCUCUUCUCUUCAUUUUUUACUGCUUAUAAUAUUUUUGUUAAAGUUAAUUGUCAUUUUUCACCACUCCUCUUAUCUUACGUGAACGGAAGGUUCUCUAUAUCCUGCAUGCUCUUCUGUAGUAAUCUCCACUUGUACAACAGUCAGACAUCAGUCAUCAGAUGAAAUAUCUACUGGUUUUUGUUCAUAUUGUGGUAAUAAUUCAGUUGAUCUUGUCUCUCUGGCAAUCACAAAUCAGUGCUUAUGUGGUCAUAAUCAAAUAAAAAAUAUAAUUGUA